GAACCCUGCACUGCUGAGCUUGCGAGAAUGAUGGGCGUGAGGUUGCAUCGGUAUAUCUAACUUGUUGUUCUUGCUACCAUGAAUAUAGAGAGAGUGUGAAAGAAUAGAAAGCCGCUACAACAGAAACCACGACCGCAGCGCAAAAAUGUCAACUUCAUCAUCCAUCAACGCCCUGCGAAGGCUCGCAAACAGUAACAACAACGCCGCCGCCUCCUCCUCCAGCAGCAACAAUAACAACAGCAACAGCAGCAGCAACAACAACAACAACAACAACAACAACAUGCCCCCCGCAGCCGCCUCGUCUUCCUCGCCUUCAGCACAGCCUCGCUGGUUCGCACAGACAGCCUCGUCGCCCUCCGUCUCCUCCACCACGGCCGCAGCCUCACCCGCGCUGCAGCCGACGCUGCCGUCCGCCGAGACGCAGCGCCACGUGGCCGAGGCCCGCGCCGCAGUCGUCGCCUCGAUGGGCAACAUGCUGGACUCGGAGCUGCAGUCGCGCGCGGGCAUCCUGCACGAGAACGCGGCGGCGCUGGAGAAGCAGGAGCGGGACGUGCUGCGCGCGACGGAGGGGCUGCGGAGGGAGACGCAGAAGCUCAAGGCCGAGGCGGACAAGGCUGCGCGCAGGGUCAAGGAGCUGGGCAAUGUGCAGAACUGGGCCGAGGUGCUGGAGAGGGGGUUUCUGGUGCUGGAGGAGACGGUGCGGCUGGCGAAUGGGGGCGAGGAUGACGAUGACGAGGGCAGCGAGGGCAGCUGCAGCUGCAGCGAGUGCGGGAGGGGCUCUGGAGGAGGCAGCGACGGAGAGGAUGAAGGCCCGGAUGGUCGUGAUGGUGGCGAUGGUGUUGGGGCGAGGAUGGACGUGGACACCAUGUCGGAUGCCAGUCGGAGCCUGAUGGAGCUGGACUCGAGCACCGGCACGGGCCGGGCAAAGGGGUCGGAGACGGCCUCGAUAUCGACAGGGUGAUGUGAUGCUGCUCUGUUCUUGUGCUUGGCGACUUAUUCGAUUCGACGACAAGUGAUUUUGUUUUUUGUGUCAUACGAGAAGCUAUUCCGAAAUGGCUGGAUUUGGAAAUUGCCGGGUAUCAGGUGGCUGUCGUGUAGAACAAAGGGACUCUCCAUAUGCAGCCAAGUCCUGUAUAAGCACUUGUUUUAUAGGGUUGUGAACGGUAAGACUUGAGCUUAAACAAGCGUAUGUAGAAGGUGGAUGUUUUCUUUUUUUCCAAAUAGU